AGGACGAGCUUAAUCUUUUAAAGGAGCGGAGCGGCGUGUCCCUCGCAGCCCUGAAGAAAGCUCUCGCCGCCGGCGGCUACGACGUGGAGAAGAACAACUCCCGCGUCAAGCUUGCCAUCAAGAGCCUGGUGACUAAAGGCACCCUGCUGCAGGUCAAAGGGACCGGCGCCUCCGGCUCCUUCAAGCUCAGCAAGAACCAAACUGAGACCAAGAAGAAGCCGGCGAAGAAGGCGGCUCCUAAAGCUAAGAAGCCCGCGGCCAAGAAACCCGCUGCUGCCAAGAAGCCAAAGAGCGCAGCGGCAAAGAGGCCCGCCGCUAAGAAAUCGCCCAAAAAGGCCAAGAAACCCGCCGCUAAGAAGGCGACGAAGAGCCCCAAGAAGACAAAGAAGCCAGCAGCGGCCAAGAAAGCAGCCAAGAGCCCCAAAAAAGCCAAGACUGCCAAACCCAAGGCAGCAAAGCCUAAAGCUGCAAAGCCCAAAAAGGCAGCCCCCAAGAAGAAAUAAAUGUUUUACUCCC